AUGCUUUUAGAUCUGGACCGAGCCAUCUUUUAUUUUCUGUGGGGCUCGAAGUGGGAAAGGCUAAGAAGAGAGAUCAUGAAGAAGCCAAAAGAAAAAGGAGGAAAAGGAGUGCCCGAUCUAUAUCUGUUUUUAGGAAGUAGAUACACAACACUGCACCUCAAAAUAGCUACAGACCCAUCCGGAAACCCCAAGACAAAAGCAAUGACACGAUUCUGGAUGGGAUCUUACCUCAGAAAGAUGAAGUUUUUACCCACAGAUCUCAAAGAGCGGGAACCAGUGAGUCCAGUGCGCGGGCUCGCAUUCGGCGAGCCCUCAACAGUUUGGCGCAACGUCAACCAUUCCGCUCUUCCAAACAGACUCCGGGACCUGUCAUGGAUGGUGGCUCAUGAGAUCCUCCCAGUUAGGUCCGUUAUGCACUCCCGGGGCAUGUCAACGCUCUCAACCUGCCCCCGACCUGGUUGUGGCGCGCCUGAGUCGGUGAGGCAUCUGCUCUGGGAGUGCAGUGCUGCCGUAGACCAGUGGGCAACAGCCGGCUCCUUACAAUUCCCGUACUUGCCAGCAUGGGAGGUCCUCACAGCACAACUAGUGCUCUAUGGGGUGAGCCAAACAGCGAUAAAAAAGAAUGACUUUGCCAAGCAGUGGCUCACCCUAGCUGCCAUCAAAGACGCCAUGUGGACCUCCAGAAACUUGCUGGUAAGAAAGCACAUGCAGAUCCCCCCCGUGGCUGUGAUCCGGAUGGCCGCAGCGACGGCCCAAGCGGCCGGAGCUGCUGGCGGCGGGCCUAGGACACAGCCACAAAGAAGCAUCGCCUCUGUGCCCAUUCGGAGGAAGGAGCCGGAGCUACACGCAAAAAGGUCAAAGCAGCGGCGGCCUGGCUCUCCGGGUGAGGCAGGUGGGAAGGAGCAUCAGGGUGAGAGUCUCCUCUGAGCACCUUGACAGGAUCCCGAGAGACCCGUUGUUUGGGAGAGCGGAAUGAGUUACCCUUGGUAGGGACUCACUGCGCUCCUGCACAAAGAAGGACCUGGCAAAAACAUCUUAACGAAAUGCACUCCUUUUUAAAGACUUUUAAAAUGGACACUCAAAACAUACUGUCAUCCACAUGAGAAGUGUUUUAUGAAUGGCUUUUACCUGUGACAAUGCUGGUUUUAUCUGUAAUACCUCUUAAAACAAAAGUUUUAUUGUUUUAAAUGUGGUUUUACAGAUCACACUG